GGAAGGGGAAGUCUUGGUGGCAGUGUUAGACAAUGGAGGAAUGGAAAAACGAGAAUUCAUCAAGAAUUGAAUCGAAGCGCGGUCAUGAAUGGUUAGGGGACGAUACUGAAGUUGAGCCUUGCACAAAAAAGCAAGCAAAGGAUGCUUUAAGUGAUACUGAAUUGGAGUCUUGUGCUAACAAGCAUGAAUUGGAGUCUGGUUGCGCAAAGAAGCAGACAAAGGAUGCUUUAAGUGAUACUGAAUUGGAGUCUUGUGCUAACAAGCAGGUUAAGGAAGCUUCAAACGAUGAAAUAUUCUCAGAAAUUUCAAACCCAAAUUUGUCUCCAACAGAUAAUGCUUGCAGCAUUCAGACUGUUAGUAGUCAACUGGCCAAGUUGGUGAGCAAUAACCAAGUUGUUUCUGGUGAGAAUUCGUCCACUUGUUCUAGGAAUUUAAGUACCGAGGAGAGCCUGAAUGAAGAAGAGGAGAGUAAAAAUGAUACUUCUGGAGCAGUAUCUACGUCCCUUUUUGUAUGUGAGAUUCCAAAAGAUUUCAGCUCCACUGGUAUUAGGAAAAUUAUCUUCAAAUUCAGCAAGUGUAAGGAGAUCUAUGAUAAUCAGUUAUCUGCAAUAGCAGUGGGAUCUGGGUCUGAUGGAAUUUCCCAGUGGAAUCAUUCAGCAUCAGAUGAUAUGAAUACAGAAAUAAGUUCAUAUGGGAAGGUUGUUGAUGAGAGCAGCAAAACUUUUUGAUGUCAACCUAAUAUGGAACUGAAAAUGUCUAAGAAGGUUCUUCCCGAUAGUUAUCCCACAACUGUUAAAAAGCUUUUAUCUACUGGGAUUUUAGAAAGAGGUCGGGUCAAGUAUGUUACUACUUCAUAGGAG